AUGAUAGUCGAAAAAUUAAAUAAUAAAAACUUUUUUUUUAAUUAUUUUACAUUUACUCUUUCAGUAUGUACGUGGCAAUAUUUUGAUCAGUUAACUGUCUUUGGUUCAUCAUUAGAUAAUCAGUGUAACAAUGGCUGCCAUUUAGAUACAAAUAUUAUAAGAUCAUUACGUAUAGAGAGAAAUGUAAAUUCAUCAUUAAAAGGUAGAAUAUUAGCAUCAGAAGAUGAUUUUAGUCUAUAUAAUUAUAAUUAUGAUAAUUUUGAUAGCGAUUAUAUUGAUUUUGAAGCGUUAUAUAAUCAGGCAAGAAUAAAUUUAUAUAGGAGAGGAAAUAAAAAAUCAUUAUUAAAAUCUACUGUUACAGGUUUUACGAAAUAUGACAAACAGUAUGAGAAAUAUGUAAUGAAUACAUUUUUCAGAAAUGAUAAAGAAUUUUUAAGAGGCAAAGAUAAUUUUUUAUAUGUUGCUAAGAAUUUUUUUAAAGUUAUUACUCCAAUUCUAGUAGGGUUUAUGUACUUUAUUCUAAGUAGUCAGUUAUUUUCAUCGCCAUUUUUUUGUAUAGUGAUACCACUUUUAUUUUUUAUAGUAACAGUAGUAUAUACUCUGAAAAAAAUAGCCAAAUGUUAUGUUAAAGGACUAAGCGAUGAAAAAAAAUAUAUGUUAAUAAAAAGGCUAGAGAAGGAAUAUUUUUAA